UAGUAAAAUAAAUUAGAUCUGACUGGUCGACCAAUCACAAGCACCGCUCUUUCUCAUCAGCAGCCGCCCCACGAAGAAAAAAAAACUAUUCUCUCUCUAACCUUGUCUUUGACAUUCCUCCGAUCAUUGAUCCAUGGAGGGAGGAGGAAGAGGAGAAGAGAUAACUGGAACAGAUUCUUGAUUCGUUAUUCCGAAUUAGUCAUUUUCGAUUGUAUGCAAAAACCCUACAAUUCUAUUACCUUCAACCCAAUGCAUUGGUGGUCCUCAAGAAGUUCUACGUCGGUGAAAUCUAUUGGGACCGAGUCCUUAUCGAUUCGUUCUGAUCGCAAAGCUGGGUCUGAUGGUGAGAGGCUUUUUCCUGUAUUCGGAGAAUUUUUUUUUGGGUGUCGGUGGUGGUGAUUCUAGGGUUUCGAGAAGGGUCUGCAGAGGUGACGAUGCAGCUUCACUUCUCACCUAGUAUGAGAAGUAUCACAAUAUCGAGCACCAAUGGGUUUACUAACUUGAUGAAGAUCAAGGUCGCAGCUCGUCAUAUCUCUUACCGCACACUCUUCCAUACGAUCCUCAUUUUAGCUUUUUUGUUGCCUUUUGUCUUCAUUCUUACUGCUGUUGUUACCCUUGAAGGCGUCGAGAAUUGCUCCUCACUCGAUUGUGUAGGUAGGCAAUUGGGUCCAAGGCUUCUUGGUAGGAUUGAUGAUUCAGGGCAAAGGCUGGUCCGAGACUUUUAUAAGAUUCUCAAUCAAGUCAACACUGAAGAAAUCCCAGAUGGACUAAAACUACCCGAGUCAUACAGUCAACUUGUUUUGGAAAUGAAAAGGAAGAAAUACAAUGCAAAAGAAUUUGCCAUGAUCUUAAAGGGGAUGAUGGAAAGAUAUGAAAAGGAGGUCAAAGAGUCAAAAUUUGCAGAAUUAACGAAUAAACACUUUGCUGCAAGUUCCAUUCCCAGAGGCAUCCACUGUCUCUCAUUGCGUCUAACUGAUGAGUAUUCUUCUAAUGCUCAUGCUCGGAGACAGUUGCCUUCACCAGAUCUACUCCCUUUGCUCUCAGACAACUCGUACUACCACUUUGUCUUGGCUACUGAUAAUAUUCUAGCGGCUUCUGUUGUGGUUACAUCUGCUGUUCGGACAUUCCUGAAGCCAGAAAAGAUAGUUUUCCAUGUUAUCACAGACAAGAAAACUUAUGCAGGCAUGCACUCAUGGUUCGCAUUGAAUCCCGUCUCACCGGCUGUUAUUGAAGUAAAAAGUGUUAAUCAGUUUGAAUGGUUAACAAGAGAGAAUGUGCCUGUGCUUGAUGCUGUUGAAAAUCAUAGUACUAUAAGAAAAUAUUACCAUGGAAAUCAUGUUUCCAGGGCUGAUCGAAUUGAAACUACUCCAAGGUCAUUUGCUUCAAAAUUGCUGGCUAGAAGCCCAACGUACAUUUCAUUACUCAACCAUCUUCGCAUAUACUUACCAGAGUUGUUCCCUAAUCUUGACAAAGUGGUUUUCUUAGAUGAUGAUAUUGUCAUUCAGCGUGACCUAUCUCUUCUAUGGGAAAUUGACCUGCAUGGGAAGGUUAAUGGAGCUGUUGAGACUUGUAGGGGUGAAGAUGAAAGGGUAAUGUCCAAGAGAUUCAAGAAUUAUUUCAACUUUUCUCAUCCCCUUAUAUCAGGUCAUUUGGACCCUAAUGAAUGUGCAUGGGCUUAUGGGAUGAAUAUAUUUGAUUUACGGGCAUGGAGAAAGACAAAUAUAAGAGAAACAUAUCAUGUUUGGCUCAAGGAGAAUUUGAAGGGGAACCUCACAAUGUGGAAGCUAGGAAGCCUUCCACCAGCACUGAUAGCAUUUAGAGGUCAUGUUCAUCCAAUUGAACCAUCUUGGCACAUGCUGGGUUUGGGGUAUCAUAACAAUACGAAUCUUGAGAAUGUUAAACGAGCCGCAGUUAUACAUUAUAACGGCCAGUCAAAACCAUGGCUGCAGAUAGGUUUUGAACAUUUACGGCCAUUUUGGACCAAGUAUGUCAAUUACUCCAACGAUUUUAUUAGGAAUUGCCACAUUUUGGAGUAGUUACUCUCAACUAAAUGAGUUAUACAGCAAAAGCGGGGACAUAUUAUAAAUCUAUUUACUUUUUGAGGCUUAAGGAUAUACUUUGAUAGAUGGUUGGGACAUGAAGAGGACUGGGCUUAUUGCUGCAUGUUCAUGGUAUAUGGGGUGCCCUACAUUGCUUGGGGCGUUGCAGCAUUAGUUGUUCCAUCAUGCCAUUCAUUAUUUAGAUCUUGUAAUAUAUAUACCUUCAGUAUUAUUAUUUUUGGUAAACGCAUAUUUUUGUGGUCACUACAAGAACUUCUUCAAUAUCAUAGGCAUAAUUGACCACUGCAGCAGAAUAAUGGGGGAAAUCAGAUGAUGUGGCACAAGUCAGUUUCACGUCCCAGUUGUUCAAGGUUUUCAAUAUGGCCCUGAUAGUUUCAGACUACUGCUUAUUUCAUUAUUUCCUUCCAUUCUUAAAUCCUAUAGAUUUAGAUAUUUGAUCUGUUAAGGAGGAACUCCCCAUUGAAAAUUGAUAUUCCAUUUACAUGUUAGAGAUUUUAUGUACAAUUCAUGAGAAAAUAUUUAUAAUGUGCAGAUGAUUAUUUUUUUAA